AAGCUGAUAUCCUGAGGAUGACGCGUGUCGCAUAUCGACUCGGUCUCUAUCAGCUCCUCCUGGGGUUCAGCUUGCUGAUCGAGCCCCUGCUGGGCUACAAUGUCCUGAUGGCCACUAUGGGUGGUACCAAGUCUCAUACGGUGCCCUUCGUCGCCCUUGGUACGAGUCUGAGGUCACGGGGGCAUAACGUCACGCUGCUGAGCGCUUUCCCAGGUCCCGCAGCGAAUAAUGGUCUUCACGAACUGGUGCCGUCGAUCCUCGAGGCUUAUGUCGAGAAUUUCACGGCUGAGUGGGACCUAGUGGGAGCCAGGUUCCGGAAUGAGCUUCCGGUAUCACCGUGGGACGCUAUGAGAUACGCCUGGGAGUCAUGCGAGGCUUUACUCCAGGACGCGUCGUCGAUAGCCAGUAUGAGAAAACCGAAUGGCGAUCCGCACACUCGAUGGGACGUCGCGGUACUUGACGGCGCUUACCCCGAAUGCAUGUUGGGAAUCCUCCAUGGCGAGAAUGUGCCGACGAUAAUGUUGAAUACGGUGGCACUGUACAGCGGGUCCAUUAUGCGACAGGGCAAUCCAUCACCUUGGUCAGUGACACCAUAUUUCGGUAAAGCGAUCACGCAGGACAUGACUUUCUUCCAGAGAGUCCUGAACGCAGCGGCUCUGCUCACUCUAAAAAUUAUGCACUGGUUCACGCUCUCGAUUUAUCUUCAGCCAACGCUCCAGAGAUACCUCGGCAAUCAUAUACCCAACGAUCUGCACAGCCUAACGGCGGAGGUCCCCCUGACUUUGCAGAACAGUCAUUAUAGCGUGGGCGAUUCUGUGCCCUAUUUGUCGAACGUCGUAAACGUGGCGUGCCUUCACUGCAGACCGGCGAUGCAAUUAAGCUCCGACUUAGAAUCCUUUCUACGACGCGGUUUUGUGUUUGUCUCGAUGGGAUCGUCGGUGCGAGCUUCUGGGAUGCCGGAGGCAUUACGGCAGAUCUUUUUCGCGGUAUUCUCCACGCUACCGUACAAUGUCGUAUGGAAGUGGGACGGUAGCAAGAUCAAGGAUCUACCGGCGAAUGUGAGGACAGCUGCCUGGUGGCCGCAACAGGAGCUGCUCGGUCAUUCCAAGCUACGUGCCUUCGUUUCUCACGGCGGACUGCUAUCUUUGCACGAAGCGGCUUACCACGGUGCACCGACUCUGGUCUUACCAGUCUUCUGCGAUCAUGAUGGAAAUGCGGCACAAGCUGAAAAAUUGGGUUACGCUUUGGUAAUGGAUCUGGCUGGUAUAUCCAUUAGUGCGCUUCGCAAAGAUAUAAUUAAAGUCGCCGCACUUCACAAUAAUUCGUACAGAGAGGCGGCUAAAAAGAGAAGUGCGUUAUUACGUGAUCUUCCGAUCGGUCCUGGAGAAUUAGCCACGUGGUGGGUCGAACACGUUGCCAAAUAUGACGGAGCUGUUCAUUUGAAAAGUUCAAUUCGUGAUUUCGGAACUGUCGGUAUGGCAAGUAAUGUAGGACACGGCAAUGGUGGCAGUGCUCUAGUGAUUCUAUUAUCGACGCGCCAUCGAUGUCGGCUAGGUCCACUUUCAGCCAGAGAAACGACGCUGUACCUACGGCUCACUUUCGAACACAGGAGUCUUGUGACUUAUCCAUGUAAAUUAUCGGUUUGUUCAAAAUAUUCGGUCAUUUUGGAACGCAAGAGUCUGUACAAGACUAUCGAAAUUGAAUUGAUUAUCGAGGAACUUACGGAAGAAGCCUCCAGGAGAUUUCUCAGCUCUUAA